AGUAGCGCGAUUCGCGAUCGGCUAAGAUCGCCUCUGUAUCUCUCUUCCCGAAUCGAAUAGUUCCUGUGUUGAGCGAGUGAACUUAGUUUAAAGUCAAGCGCAAACAUGUGGCAAGGUGUGGCGUUCCUGUUGGCCACCUCAUUGGUCCUGUGCACGGCCGGACGUCUGGUGCCGGCCCCGCAGGGUGAGGUUUGCCCGAAACGGUGUAGCUGUGAUAUGGUGGAGGAUCGAAAACGAGCAGACUGCAGUAACGAGCGUCUUAUCAGCACGCACACCGAUGUCCCGACCGGUGUUGAAAUUCUCGAUCUCAGCAUUAAUUUGAUAUCAUCGAUCGAGGACGAUAGCCUCGCGCACUACGGCAAUCUCGUGAAACUGUUUCUGUCGGAGAACUCGAUCGAAACCAUUGCACUGGACGCAUUCUCCCGAUUACCAAACCUAGCGACACUGGACCUCUCGCACAAUCGACUGGAGCGCCUGGACGAGCAAUUGUUCGAGCGCAACACUGAAUUGUCGGAACUGAAUCUAUCGAACAACAACUUCAUGAUGCUGUCCGACCAGCCAUUCCUCAGGAGCCCCUCGCUUGCGAUCCUGCACCUAUCCGAGUGCCACAUUCCCCACGUCUUCGACGCCAUGUUCACACACCUACCGAACCUGCAGUCGUUGGACGUGUCCCGGAACGUCAUGAACGGUAUUUCGAUUGCGCCGUUCACGCAUCUUCGCAAACUGAGCUCGAUCGAUUUGAACGACAACCGGUGGGACUGCGGUUCGCAGUCGGUCCGCACUACGGUCCGAUGGAUGAAGAAGCGGAUAGCCAGGAUCCAGGUGGAAAGUUGCCUGCUCACCGACCGCAACGUUUCCGGCAGUAAGUUCGAGCGGAUGAUGGAAGAUCCUUCGCUUGACGAUCACCAUCGUGAGGAGGUGGCCAUCGAGGAUGUCUGGGGUAACGGAACCCGCACGAAGGCAGCGAACAACGGAAGUCUUCCUUGGCCAGCAUUCAUGAACGUCGAAUGUUCCUACAACAACCACGGUGCAUCGAAAGAACCGUGCAACCGAUUCGUCGAAUGCCAACAGAGCUACGGCGAGCUGUUCCACUCCUACCGGGACCUUGUGUCACGGCAUCAGCGCCCCUUUGGUGGGCGUUAUUCGCGGCUGGAAGUCUUCCUCAGCGGCGGUAUCGUGGGAAUGCUUAUCGGUGCCUUCGGCACGUACAUAAUCUACUGGGCGAUCCGCAGUUGCCGCAAGCGCCACGCCAGGCGCCAGGAGCACACCGUUACUACCGAGGAGCAGAAACAGUUCCACCAGGAGCUGCGGCGUGAGUUCCAGGCCCGCAAUCGCUUUGCACAUAGUCGACUGACGGAAUCACCGGUCACCCGGUCACGAGUGCCGCGCGGAUCGGCGACGGUGAGCGAUGAGGAAAUCUACCAGAACCACGAGCACACGCGCCAGUUCCUGGUGAACCUGUUCUCCAAACGACAGCCCCGUUACGUACGAAACAAUUCGCAGAUUGCGAACAUCAACAAUCGGCACAUGCCGCCCCGAGCUCCGAUUGGAGGUCUAGCCCCCCAUCAACCCAGCGAACUGAGCCCGGCCCAGGUCUUUACCCAUGACGACGUGACCUGGUACGAAUGCGUCAACGCCGAGAAUUACGAACGAGAACGAACGCUGGUCGAGCGCGACGCCCUAAUGGGCACCAGCGAAGAACUGCUACUGCAACCGACGUGGGUAAGCAUUAGACCCACGGUGGCCAGCCCCGGUGGCACACUGCCCCGGAACUACCGGCCACACGACAUACAGACGGUGCCAGCGGGGGGAAAGCCCACCGCCGCCAUACGCCGAAUUUGCACUGAACAUAGAACCAAACACCGAGCGCAUCGGUACGCCCUAGCUCGUUUGAAAGGAUAUUUCUUAGUAUGUUAUGUAAGAAGCGAACGAUUGUAA